GUACAACGAAAAUGAAACACUUUACCAUGUCGACUGCAAUGCCAAGGCAGUUCUCACGCUAAAGAUUGGCAAGCACGACUAUCCUAUCAGCAGUGACAACAUGGUCAUAAGGAUCAGCGAGGACAUUUGCCUUCUUGCAUUAUUCAAGUUCUUCGCCCUUCUCUCUCCUUUCUCUUGGGUACUUGGUGACCCUUUUAUCAGAGAAUAUUGUAACAUUCAUGAUAUGGGGAACGAGCAGAUCGGAUUUGCUAAGUCAUUACAAGGUGUUCGUUAA